ACGAGUCGCGCCGAGUACGUUUCAGUUGGUGGGGAGCCGAAGCUGAUGGGGGACGAAAAGGAGACGUGGAAAGUGAAAACGCUUGAUGAGAUUUUACAAGAGAAAAAACGCCGACGAGAGCUAGAGGAGAAGACCGACCCUAAGCGCCAGAAAAACACGGAUGAGCGGGAAUCCAAGCGGGACACGCCGGAGGAAGGAGAGCUGCGGGACCACAGAAUGGAAAUAACAAUUCGAAACUCACCCUACAUGAGGGAGGACUCGACAGAGGACAGAGGAGAAGAGGAUGAAUCUCUGGCCAUAAAGCCGCCACAGCAGAUGGCACGAAAAGAGAAAUCAUAUCACAGGAAAGAGGAGAAAAGGAAGGACAAGAGGCGACACCGUAGUCACUCUGAGGAGGGAGGGAAACACGUGAGAACAAAAGAGAAAGAGAAAGAGAAGGAACGUGAGAAUGAACGAAGGAAAAGACAAUGGCAGGAGGAGAAUAAAGCUCGCAGAGAUUAUGAGAGACAGAAACGACGAGACCAAGCACGGGCACACUCCCGCAGAGAGAGGGACCGCCUGGAGCAGCUGGAGCGUCAGCGGGAACGGGAGAGGAAGCUCCGCGAACAGCAACAGAAAGAGCAGAGGGAACAACGCGAACAGAAAGAACGAGAGAGGAGGGCGGACGAGCGGCGAAAAGAACGGGAGGGGAGGAGAGAAGCUCCGCCCUCGCAUCACCGUGGCUCAGCAGAUGAGUACUUGGACAAAGCCAAACAGAGGCACCGUAGCCGCAGCCCGAACCGCCCACCCAGAGAGCAGAGGCCAGAGCACAGCGAGCCACGCCGCAUAGUACGAGAAGAGAAACCGGAGGACAGAGAUCUGCUUUCUGACUUACAGGACGUGAGCGACAGUGAAAGGAAGACCAGUACGGCCGAGUCUUCUAUGGCUUCAGGUUCUGGCUCUGAGGAGGGUGAUGAUGACGACGAAGAGGAGUCAAGCAGCCAGAGCGAGGGAGAGGAGGAGGAAGAGUCAGGAUCAAAUUCAGAAGGAUCUGAACAGAGUGCAGAUGACGUUAGUGAGGAAGAGCAGUCAGACGAGGAAGAGGAGGAGGAGAGAGAGAACGGAAACCACAUUCCUGCCGUUCCAGAGUCACGAUUUGACCAUGACUCAGAGGAGAGUGGUGAGGAAGAGGAAGGUGAGGAGGGUGAAGAAGCACAGGAUGUGACUCCUCAGUCACACUCCCAGUCUGCCACACCUGAGGAGAACUACAUCCCUGACUCCCCACCCAUCUCCCCCAUAGAGCUGAAAAAGGAGCUGCCUAAAUACUUGCCUGCUUUACAGGGUUGCCGUAGUGUGGAGGAGUUUCAGUGUUUAAAUCGUAUAGAGGAAGGCACUUAUGGAGUGGUCUACAGAGCCAAGGACAAAAAGACAGAUGAGAUAGUGGCUCUGAAGAGACUGAAGAUGGAGAAAGAGAAGGAAGGAUUCCCCAUCACUUCCCUACGAGAGAUUAACACCAUUCUGAAGGCUCAGCACCCCAACAUUGUCACUGUCAGGGAGAUUGUUGUGGGCAGUAAUAUGGAUAAAAUUUAUAUUGUGAUGAAUUAUGUGGAACAUGAUUUGAAGAGUCUGAUGGAGACCAUGAAACAGCCUUUCCUCCCUGGUGAAGUAAAGACAUUGAUGAUUCAGCUUUUGAGGGGAGUUCAUCAUCUCCAUGACAACUGGAUACUGCAUCGUGACCUGAAGACCUCAAACCUGCUGCUGAGUCACAAGGGCAUUCUGAAGAUCGGUGAUUUUGGGUUGGCGCGGGAGUAUGGUUCUCCUCUGAAACCGUACACCCCUGUGGUGGUGACCCUGUGGUAUCGUUCCCCAGACCUGCUGCUAGGAGCCAAGGAAUACUCCACGGCAGUGGAUAUGUGGUCCGUCGGCUGCAUAUUCGGAGAACUCCUGACGCAGAAACCCCUGUUCCCCGGCAAAUCAGAGAUCGACCAGAUCAACAAAAUAUUCAAGGACCUGGGUUCUCCCAGUGAGAAGAUCUGGCCAGGUUACAGUGAGUUGCCUGCCGUGAAAAAGAUGACAUUCACAGAGUACCAAUACAACAACCUGCGCAAACGCUUCGGAGCACUGCUCUCAGAUCAGGGUUUCGACCUCAUUAACAAGUUCCUGACGUACUGUCCCUCUAAACGCAUUACGGCGGACGAGGCUCUGAAACACGAGUAUUUUCGGGAGUCACCCCUGCCCAUUGACCCAUCCAUGUUUCCCACGUGGCCGGCCAAGAGCGAGCAGCAGCGUGUGAAGAGGGGCACCAGCCCGCGAGCCCCAGAGGGAGGCCUUGGCUACAGCCAACUGGGUGAGGACGAUCUGAAAGACACGGGCUUCCAUCUGACCACUGCCAAUCAAGGCGCGUCCAAAGCUGGUCCUGGGUUCAGUCUGAAGUUCUGAGCUUGUGUCGGGGCUGGCCGCGCCAACCUGCAAGGAGCAUUCUGGGAAUCUGGGUGGCAAAAAUGCCUCAAACUCAGUGUGAAAAGGAACUUCUGCCAGUACACCACACCUGCCCAGUACAGACCAGUAUGGCGCGCACACACUGGGUCAUGAGGUUCCUGGGGUCAAGAGAGGGACUAAAGACA